AAAAUAUAGCUUUGUUUGAGUAUAGACGAUAUUACAUAGAAGUAUAUUUAAACUAGUAGGCUACGUUGGGCUACCGUUAAUAUUAAUUUGUGCAAAAAUGUCUCGUGACUAUAGAAAGCAGUCUCUGGGUGCAAACAGUAAUACAAUUGGCAGGCGUAUGAGUUUCAGGCCGUCCCUACGCAAUAAGCCAGUCCGUAUUUAUCAACCUACAUAUCGACUUGAUCCAAAAAAACGCUUUGAUGCCGAGAAGAUAGAAAAAAUACUAAAAAGGGUGGUGGACGGGGAACUAAUUGAGAUUGAGUACAGCGAGAAAGUAGUCCCAGAUUUGUGUAUGAACCUCGCUGAGAUGAUACGCAACGCCGUAAAAGAAGAAAACUAUGACAGGUACAGAAUCAUUGUGAGUGUGUGUAUCGGUCAAAAACGGCAGCAGAGUGUCCAAAUAUUUCAUACGUUCCUAUGGGACCACGAACGUGAUGCUUUUGCCUCGUACAAUUAUGAGAAUCCCCAUAUAUUUGCAAAUGUAGUUGUAUAUGGAGUGUAUCUAGAUUAAAAAUACCAAAUAAAUCGUAAAAAUUGUCUACAAAAUGUCUAUUUGUUACAAGUAAAAAUAUGUGUUGCCAUGUACCUCCUAUCAAAUG